AUGGCGAGGUCGAGUUCGGCUCGGGGUAAGAGCCCGCAGCCUCCAGUCGCCACCAAGAGCAAGGCAAGGAAGAACACUUCGUACAAGUCAGACGGAGUCGAGGACAACGACGUCUUCCUUCUCCCUGUGUCCGACUAUGUUGUUUCGUUUCUCCUGACGGUGCUGGCCGCCAUUGUGCGUGUCUUCCGAAUCUAUCAACCCAGCAGCGUGGUCUUUGACGAGGUGCACUUUGGCGGCUUCGCAUCGAAAUACAUCAAGGGGAAAUUCUUCAUGGACGUACAUCCGCCAUUGGCCAAGAUGCUCAUUGCGUUGACGGGCUGGCUGGCUGGCUUUGAUGGCAACUUUGAUUUCAAAGACAUCGGCAAAGACUAUCUCGAGCCUGGUGUCCCAUACGUCGCCAUGCGACUAUUCCCCGCGGUCUGCGGUAUUCUCUUGGUUCCAUGCAUGUUCUUCACUCUCAAGGCUGUCGGUUGCCGUACCAUGACCGCCGCCAUGGGAGCAUCGCUGAUUAUCUUUGAGAACGGUCUCCUGACACAAGCCCGAUUGAUCUUGCUCGAUUCCCCCUUGGUCGCCGCCACUGCCUUCACCGCCCUCGCCUUCUCCUGCUUCACGAACCAACAUGAGCUUGGCCCUGCCAAGGCCUUCCAGCCUGCCUGGUGGUUCUGGCUCGCCAUGACCGGUCUGGGAUUGGGUAUCACUGUCAGCAUCAAAUGGGUUGGCUUGUUCACCAUUGCCUGGGUAGGCGCGUUGACUCUGCUUCAGCUCUGGGUCCUUUUGGGCGACAACAAGAACGUCACCAUGCGACUUUGGUGCAAACACCUGAUGGCUCGGGCUUUCUGCCUCAUCAUUAUUCCCGUCACCUUCUACAUGGCCAUGUUCGCUAUUCACUUCCUCUGCCUGGUCAACCCAGGCGAGGGCGAUGGCUUCAUGAGCUCCGAGUUCCAGGCAACUCUCAACAACAAGGGCAUGAAUGAUGUUGCUGCCGACGUCGCAUUUGGCAGCCGCGUGAGCAUCCGCCACGUCAACACCCAGGGCGGCUACCUCCAUUCCCAUCCUCUGAUGUAUCCCACCGGUAGCAAACAGCAACAGAUCACCCUGUAUCCCCACAAGGACGAAAACAACCUGUGGCUUCUUGAGAACCAGACUCAGCCUCUUGGCGUAGAUGGACAGCCUCUCAACGGUACAGCUGUAUGGGACAACCUGCCUAACGGUCCGGUCUUCAUUGAAGAUGGUGCCGUGCUGAGACUGUACCACACUCCAACGCACCGCCGCCUCCACUCGCACGACGUUCGCCCGCCCAUCACUGAGGCCGACUGGCAGAAUGAGGUUUCCGCUUACGGAUAUGAAGGCUUCGAAGGUGAUGCCAACGACUAUUUCCGUGUCGAGAUUGUUAAGAAGCAGUCCCAUGGUGCCGCUGCCAAGGAACGUCUCCGUACAAUCGAGACCAAAUUCCGUCUCGUCCACGUCAUGACUGGCUGUGUCUUAUUCUCUCACAAGGUCAAACUCCCCGAUUGGGCCUCGGAGCAACAGGAGGUGACUUGCGCUCGUGGCGGCAGUGUGCCCAACAGCCUGUGGUAUAUUGAGCACAACGAUCACCCGCAGCAUGGAGAAAAUACUGAAAAGGUCAAUUACCGCAACCCUGGCUUCUUUGGCAAGUUCAUCGAGCUCCAACAGGUCAUGUGGACUACCAACGCAGGUCUGACUGAUUCUCAUGCUUGGGACUCUCGCCCCGAGUCUUGGCCCAUUCUCCGUCGCGGUAUCAAUUUCUGGGGCAAGAACCACACUCAGAUUUACCUCAUUGGCAACCCUGUUAUCUGGUGGGCGUCUUCCAUUGCCAUUGUCGUCUGGGUUCUGUUCAAGGGCGUUGCCAUCCUGAGAUGGCAGCGUAGCUGCAAUGACUAUGCCAACCCAACCUUCAAGCGAUUUGACUACGAGCUGGGUACUUCGGUUCUUGGUUGGGCUCUGCACUACUUCCCCUUCUAUCUCAUGCAGCGUCAGCUCUUCUUGCACCACUACUUCCCUGCUCUCUACUUCGCCAUCAUCGCUCUUAGCCAGCUGUUCGACUUUUUGACUGUUCGAGUCCCGGGCGUCAAGUCCAAGGAUGCGGCUAUUGUAAACAAGGCGGCCGCCAUACUCUUCCUUGUCCUGUCGAUUGCCGCGUUCACCCUUCUUGCUCCUCUUGCCUACGGCAAUAGCUGGACCAAGGCCGACUGCAAGCAAGUCAAGUUGUUCAACACCUGGGAUUGGGACUGCAACAAUUUCUUUGACCGCUACGACGAAUACACUUCUCGAAGCACUGAAGAGCUGAGCGCGUCACUUUCCGACAUUCCCAGCAUCCCCAGCUCUCCUGCCCCCGCCGACCAGAAGGCCGAGGAGACGCCGGUCGUCGAAGACAAGCAUGCGGGAGUCUCAGAAAAGCCCGCACCCUCGGGACCCAAGAUCCUCAGCCAAGAGGAGAGGAUUGAGUACCGCGACCAAGACGGCAACCUCCUCAACGAAGAGCAAAUCAAGGAGCUCCAAGGCAAAGUGAAAUUCGAGACCAAGUACGAGACGCGAACCCGCGUCGUCGACGAACAGGGCAACGAGCUCCCCGUCCCAGAAGGCGGAUGGCCCGCCGACAUGGGCGCCGGCGUAGCUCCUCCGCACCCCGACAUCCACGGCGUAGACCAAGAAACCGUCAAGGACCAGAACGCCGAAGCCCCCAAGGACGCAGCCGCCAGCCGUGACGGCGAGAAGGAAGCCGAGCGAUCCAGAGCCAAGCCCGCCAGCGAAGGUCAGGAAGCCACCGUCCGCGACGAAUUGUAA